AUGGCUUCUGAAGCCUCCUCUUCGACCGCGCCCUCUGCGCCAGAGGCCACUUCUGAACACCUGUCCGUAAACCUGCAGGUCUUGUCGCCGUCGACGGCGGCCAGUUCCAGCCGACCCUUGGUUUUCCCCGGUCUCGCGGCCACCACGACGAUUCGACAGCUCAAGGAGAGGAUAAGACAAUCUCUCCCUCUCAAGCCGACCGACGCCCAGCAGCGAUUGAUCUAUAGGGGAAGACCUUUGCAGCAGGAUGGGGACACCCUCCUGACCGUCAUCGGCGAGGAAGUCAUUCGCACUAUCGACCAGCAGACAAUUCACCUCGUGCUUCGAGACAUCGUUGAGCCGCAUCGCUCUACGACGCCGACACCGGCGCUUCCUCGAGGGUCGAGCCCGGCGCCGCCCACUGCCCAUUUCCCGAGCCCCUUUGGCACGACCGCCCACCCCCUACAAGGCCAUCACCAUGGUAAUCAGCCUACGGCCGCAGCUUUUACCAGACGAACCCCGCUGCACCCGACUUCGAAUCCUCUGCCGUUCCCAACACCAUCCCAAAUACCCGCGAACUUGACCCUGCAGCAGCUUCAGCAGAUGCAGGCGCAACAACACCAGACCAUGACGGCAUGGAUGAAUGGACUUCAACGCGAGGCCAUGAACAGGGCCAUGGCCCACCAGCAGAUCAACCAGAACCAGGCCAUGAGAGCAUCGAUGGGCAUGCAUGGCGUCGGCGACACACCAGCGCCGGCCCCCAAUCCUGCGGACCCCACUCGUGGACGGGCCAGCCCGCUUAGCAAUCCUGAAGGGCACACGUAUGUGAGAGAAGGGCUAAUGCCGAACGGACAGACGUAUCGCGUUACGGUCAACGAGACCUUCCUCGGGGGUCAAGUGAACGUUCAGCAGCCGGGUGUUCAGGGUACCACGACGCCUCUGUCCUCUGCUGACGUCCAGACCAUCUUGAGGGCAGCUGAUAGCAACCAAGCAACAUUGGCUAUAACCAACGCAAUGCAAAGGAGCGCCUCGAGCACAUCUCUCGCGAAUGGAGGCUCAUCUGUCGGCGUCACUACUCCCUACUACCCAACGCCUGGAUCCAGAGCCAGCAGCAGGCGACCUACCCCCGACCCCACUGCUCGCUCCGUCAGCGGUGGCAGCAGACAAUCUUCGACAGCUCACCAGCAAGCGCAGUCCGGCCCCGAGGUGUACAUCCUGUCCUCUCCCCAAGGGCCCCGUGCUCUACUGAUCAACAAUGCCACCGACUCGUACUACACUCCCAGAGCGCAGCACCCCAACACCUCAACUCUUCACCAAACCGCCUCUACGCUCGGGAGAAUGAGAGGUCGUCCUCAAUACGUGGCCUGGCCGGGAGCUUUUGUAACCCCGCCGGUUCAUCACGAAGACCAGCAGCCCGUACAACACGCAGAACCUCAACACCAGGCGCAGCAGCAGCAGCCAGAGGCGCAACCCUUGCAUCAGCCUCAGGGGCAGCCACCCGCAGCAGCAGUGCCAGCCCACCAUAACAACCCGGGCAUCGCUCCGCUGAUUGCGCAAGUGUGGCCGCACUUCUGGCUGGUGGUUAGGCUCGCCCUCUUUGUGUGGUGGUUCACUUCGCCCAACGCGGGCUGGUCGAGAUGGAUCACAGUUAUUUCAAUCGCCAUUAGCAUCUUUGUUUUGAACACUGGACUGCUAAAUAACUACUUCGAUCAGGCCGUAGGACCAGUCAGACGUCAUAUGGAGAAUCUGCUACCCCUUGCCGCGCCGAACAACGCCAAUGAGCCUGUCCGUCCCCGAGACGAUCAGGCGGUUGUUGGACGAGACGGCCAACCUGAUCCGACCCGAGCAGCUGCCAGGCUGGUAGCUCAGCACAGACAAAAUAAUGCGAACUGGCUGAUGGAUCAAGUGCGGCGGCUUGAGAGAGCUGGUCUCCUAUUUCUGGCUAGUAUUGCACCAGGUGUUGCGGAGCGCCACAUUGCCCACCUUGAGGCCGAAGCCCGCGCUGAGCGUCAGAGAAGGGAAGAAGCGGGAGCUGCUGCUGCCGCCGCGGUAGAGGCUGCCGCGAAUCCCGAGAAUACGGAAAUCCAAAACAAUGAAGAGACAAACGAGACUUCAGGACGCAACGACACAGAUGACGGCGGAAACGAGGCUCAAAGAGAGACGCACGGGGGAGAUGAGCGGCGAGCGGAGGAGCAGCAGCCGUUGCUGGCGCUGUAG